AUGUCGGGCCAACUCCUGUCUCCUACCGCGAUCCACCCUGCUCUCGGAAGCAACGCCAACACCAGCGGCGGCGGUGUUAGCACCUCGAGUCUGACACCCAGUCCCACAUCAUCUGGUGCUCCGCAAGACUGGCCGCCUCUCCAAAGACCUAUUUCCGAUUCCGAUGGAGUUAAUAAUAAGACCAGCCAUGGCCUCAACCCUCGUCCCAAGACAUCUUCCACCGCCCUAUCCGAGUACCCGUCCCUCGAUGGUUCUCUCCAAGACCUCUCCCUAGAGGACGUCAAGUCUACCCUGCGCAAUGCCGAUGCGCCCAGCCCUGACUCUGCCUCUCCGCGAGCAGUGACCUCCCAGAUUUCUUCAACAACUAUCGUGGAUCAGCAGCGGAGCUCCUCUGCCGCCCUGCCCCUGUGGCCCCCAUCCAACAAGCCGUCGCAUACCCUGGGCCACCGCAAGAGCACCCUCUCCGUCGAGUCUGUCCCCCGGCAGACUAUUAUGAAGGCUUUGGCCUCUGUCGCCCGCAACAACAAACCCGAAGCCCUCUCGCUCAACAGCAUGCUCUCCGCCCAAGGCGGCGCCGACAAGCGGCCCGGCACCUCGUCGUCGCAGCGGCUCUGCGAUGCGCUCAACGACCUGGCCGCCCGCACACACACGCCGACCACGGCUUUCCCCAGUUUGCAGUCGCCCUGCUUCUACCACAACCGCUUCGACGACGCUGUCGACAUUGACAAGGUCCUCGAGGAGAUCAAGAACGAUGAGUGGAUGUCGCAUUCCCGCCUCGUGCAGACCGCCACCGGCGUCCGCGAGGUCUCCAAGCAGCUGCAGCGCCGGCCCAUCAAGCGCGCCGUGCGCAACGUCAUGAUUGUCACCAAGGCGCGCGACAACGAGCUUGUCCUGCUCACCCGCGAGUUGACGUCGUGGCUGCUGCGGACCCCCCGCUACGGAUCCGACCUCGGCGUCAACGUCUACGUCGACGCCAAGCUGCGCAACUCGAAGCGCUUCGGCGCUGCCAGCAUACUAGAAGACAACCCGCGCUUUGAGAACAUGCUGCGGUACUGGACUCCCGACCUGUGCUGGAGCCACCCCGAAAAGUUCGACCUGGUGCUUACCCUCGGCGGUGAUGGCACCGUCCUCUUCACCUCGUGGCUCUUCCAGCGCAUCGUGCCUCCUGUCCUGUCAUUCAGCCUGGGCAGCCUUGGCUUCCUGACCACCUUCGAGUUUGAGCGCUAUAAGGAGCACCUGAACCGCAUUCUCGGCAACGAGGGCAUGCGCGUUAACCUCCGCAUGCGCUUCACCUGCACCGUCUACCGAGACGGCCAGGCCCAACAGGAGAUGGAAGAGGCCGAGCAGUUUGAGGUCCUCAACGAGCUCGUCAUCGACCGCGGCCCGUCGCCCUACGUCUCCAACCUGGAGCUCUACGGCGACAACGAGCUGCUCACCGUCGUCCAGGCCGACGGCUGCAUCUUCUCGACGCCCACGGGCUCCACGGCCUACUCGCUGUCCGCGGGAGGCUCCCUCGUCCACCCGGACAUCCCGGCCAUCCUCCUGACGCCCAUCUGCCCGCACACGCUGUCCUUCCGGCCCAUGGUCCUCUCAGACACGAUGCUGCUGCGCGUCUCGGUGCCGCGCAACUCGCGCGCCACCGCGUACUGCGCCUUUGACGGCAAGGGCCGCGUCGAGCUGCGGCAGGGCGACCACGUCACCAUCACGGCGUCGCAGUACCCCUUCCCCACCGUCGUGCGCACCGACACCGAGUGGUUCGACUCGGUGUCGCGCACGCUGCGGUGGAACACGCGCGCCGCGACGCAGAAGGGCUUCGACGCCAAGGCUGCUUCUGGUGACUGCCUGCAGGACGAGGAGGAGGCGGCGGCCGAGUGGGACAUCGAUACCGACUCGGCGUACUACGCCAGCGAGGAGGGCAGCAGCAUCAGCGCUAGCCCGCUCAAGAGGCAGAUGAGCAUGCUGGGGAUGUGA